AUGUUUGGUACAUCAUCUGGCGAUAAUUCACCAUCCACAACACCAGCAACAACCAACACAUUCCAAAAACCUACCAUUACUACAAGAAAUAAUUUUGAUUCUAUCAUAAUGAUGGAUGAACAAGAAUUAAUGAAUGAAGGCUUAACGGGCAGCAGUAUUGAAUCCUCACCGGCUUCUACACCACUCUUCAACAAUACUAGUAGCUCGUUAUUUGGACUGCCUUUUCCAUCGCAUCUUCAACAACAACAGCAACCAUACAUGAAUCCUUUCAAUAAUAAUAACAACUCGUCAUCGUCAAGGCUUUAUAAUAACAACAUCAACAGCAACCGACAUCAUAAUAAUAAUUCCACCUCUCCCAUUUCAGCAUCAUCAGAGCCUUUUCAAUCCUUCUCAUUCAUUGAUGAUGAAGAAGCCAAUCAAACCACAAGUGAUUCAGGCUAUCUGUCGGGCUCUUCUCAUCUCUCGCUCACCCCUCCUGGUCUCAGUUACAUGAUGAUGAGUAUGGGUAACUUUAAUAUUAAUUGCAAUAGCUCAAAUCCAAACGCAACAACAAACAAUAAUACAUCCCCUCCAAAUCAACAACAACAAACCUCCUAUCACAAUAUCAAUUCAAACAAUAUCAUCAACAAUAAUUUCCCAUCCAAUUUAUCAUCACCUUCUCCGUAUGGUACUCUUUUAGGAACUGGCUCAGAAGAAGAUGAUGACAUUCUUGGUAACGGUAGAGUGGUGAUGGGAAGCGGUGUUGCUGACGAUGUAGAGGCUCUUCUUGAUGACGAGAAUGCAUUCAACGACGAUUUACUGAACAAUGCUAGCAGCAAUAAUCAAACGACAAGAAAUGCGAGUUCCAUAUUUCAACAGCAACUACAACAGCUUCAACAACUGCACAACAAUAGUAGCCCUGAAAUCAAUCCGAACUCAGCUUCAACAUCUCUGAGAAAUUCAUUCAACAAUAAUGAUUCAGUCACCACCUCCACAUCCAUGAGAAGAACCAAUAGUACACAAAAUUUACACAAUUCUUCAACGACUGCAUUACCUCCAACGUCAGCUUCAGCAUUUAACACAGCAAAUGCUUAUAAUAUGGCUCUCAUUGAAGAGAUGAUGCUGAAUGGAGCAUUAAAUAAUGCCAACGCUCUCGAGUUGCAACAGGCUUUACUGAGAUCAGCAAAUCCUUCAUCAAAUUCAAUGCCCAGUAUUCCAUCAGCAUUGUCAACAUCACCGCCUUCGACAGCAGCGGCAGCCUUUCAACUGCAACAACAAAAUUUGGCACUUUCAAGACAAUUAGUUCAACAGCAACAAGUGGUAGCCUCCAUGAUUGGAUCUCAAAUGCGAUCAUUGCAAGUAGUUCAGGAAUUGAUGCAGCAACAGCAACAAGAACGGCAGACCAAAAAAACCACUGGCGGCUCAUCGAUCCCACGAAGCAAGACAAUGCCUUCUUUAUCAAACAGUUCUGUUAUUCCAAUUUCAAUGCUUUCCUAUCAACAGCAACAACGGAGUGGAAACCAAAAGCCCCUUUCGGCACGAGGAACCUCAUCCAGUCAUUCAAGAUCAUCAACAUCCUCUGCAUUGGAUGCAGACGUUCUACACAUCAAUGAGGAAGAUGUGAAUUUUAAAGAGGAUGCCAGCCCUUUAUUUAUGAACCAACGAAGUAUCCACGAUUUUAUGUCUCAACACAAUUCUAUCGAGUUAGAUGCUGAAAAUCAUUCCCUAAAUCCAUUGAAUUUAAGCUCUGUUGAAUUAUAUAAUACCAUGAUGAAUACUCUUCAACAAAAUCAAAAGCUGCUUGCGAAUGCUUAUGGAAAUUUAGCAAACUUGGCCAAUACUCUAAGCCAACAGCAAAGUAGUGUGGCAUCAGGAAUGAAACGAUCUACGUCUACAACAAGUGUCAAUAGCGUCACAUCUACAUCGAGUCAGCACAGUGGAUAUCAAAACCUUGGAUACAGUUCAAUACCGUUCAGCCCAAUGAGCAGAUCACAAUCUAUGAAUUGCUUAUCUUCACUGGCAAAUACUGGAACUACUUUGAAUUUAGGUCUUGAUUCUACAUUAUCGUCCUUUGGUGAGAACGUUGUAAACAAUGACAACAAAUCUUCUAGCGGUGAAAUGAAGAGAUCUGUGAGUACCAACUCUUUGAGAAACUUGAAGCGAUCAACCAAAAGCAAAAAGAUGGCACCAACACGAAGUAGCGACAAUCUCUCAGGCUUAUUGGACAAGGAAUUAGAAAAAGAAUCGUCUAAAAAGCGAAAGAAUUCUAGUUCCACUAAAAAGACCAAGAAAAAUCAUUCGGACAGUAACAGCACGGCAGAUUUAUCUUCAUUACAGAAAUCAGCACAAUCUGAGGAAACAUCUGUCACAGAGGAACUUCCAACAAACAAAAGAAAAACCAACAGCAACGCCUCUUUGACCACCAGUAGUAGCUCGAGUAGCCUCAACGUUGGAGAGGAAAUUCCUUCAUUGCAAAUAGAAUCAAGCGAACCAAAGUCUAAUGAGGCUUCUCCUCGAGUUAAUAAUCGAGAUGUUGUCACUUCUUCCAGUACAAACUCUGAAAAUUCAUCAACAACAACUCUACCUUCUUCAAAAUCCCACACAUCACUAAGCUCCAUAGCCAAUUCUCAACCCACACAAUCAUGCAUUUCAACUAAGAGUUCCAAACAAAAAUCUGUUAAAAUUGGAGGAGUUAUUGGUGGUGUUAGAAAAGCACAUUCUAUGGAUUCCAUAGCAGCCACAGCUCAACAAUAUCAAUUUACAAUGGAGCCUCCACCAACAUCUUGUCAAGUAGCAAGCUCUACUAGUACUGCAACAACAGAACAACCCAACAGCAAGACCAAAUCUACCAAGACUUCCAAGUCAAAGAAAAUUGCAUUCCAAAAUGAUAGCCCAGCAAGUGCAACUAUUCCUGGAGCAGGAAUGUUUUCAAUGAGUUCUUAUCAGCCACCCUCUUCAUCAAAUUGUAAUCAAGGCAACAAGAGAUGGAAGUUCCACGAAUUUGACAAUGAAGACAAGCCAAUCAAGGACGGUGAUAGUGGAUUUACGUUCCACUUUUACAAACCCUCUAAAAAUUGA